AUGAGUGUAAAAUCUGAUGAAUUGGAGGUAGGUAAUGAAGAGUAUCAUAUAUUCUCCCCUGUUAAAUACAUAUCAAAUUCUUUCAGUGUUAUGAAACAUGAUGAUAUAGCUAAGAGAAAUGACUCUAAUUAUUUGAAAACAAUACAAAUUAAUAAUGAAAGAUAUUUGAAACAUUAUUACAAAUCAAUGGGAAUGAACUUAUUGACUUUAAAGAAUAAGGGACAACUUUCUUCCACGACGACUCGUGUUUCAGAUUCACACAGUUCAGUAAGUCCCAAUUCAAGCGCUAUCGAUAGUUAUAAUUCUUCAGCUAUUGAUAAAGCGAAUGUUUACGAGUAUAUAAUAGGAAAUAUUUCAUAUUAUCCAGAGAAAACUCUUCUAAACAGCUUUAGCGAUAUUGCGUUUGAUGUUGUGGCGACACAAAAUGAAGAUGAUACACACGUCAAUGCUAUUGAAUCUCAACAGAUUUUUAACUCAAAAGCGUUAUAUGUAUAUUUCAAUCAUUUCGAUAAACUAUCAACGUUAGAUAACAUCAAACCAAGCUUAGGCUUUGAUAAUAAUGAUAUAUGGAUACCUGCUAUUAGGUCAGAAUUUCGAGAUAGAUUAUCGUCAAAAAAAAGAGAUAAAAUAGAAUCAUUUAAAGGUAAAAGUUGCCCUUUAUUCAUAGAGGGUACCGGAUAUAUACCCCCUGAAUUUGAUACUUUUGGUGGUAGUACCAUGAUAUCCAGUUAUUUUGGAAAUAUCAAGUUACCAUCAUUAGUUUACCACUCUACCGUUAAAGUAAAUGAUCAGGUUUUUCUUUUUGGUGGCUUAGUACCUUCUUAUAAGUAUGAUGAAGAAGCACCUAAUUUGAAAAGCUUCAGAAUAAAAGACUUUAUAAAGGUACCGCCGCCACUAAUCCCAAAUAUUAUCAACAAUCCUGCAAUGGUAGAAAAUCCAUUCUUAUAUUCAUUUAAUCCAUCCUCAAAUAGAUUUGAAAAAAAUGACAUACAUGGUCUACCACCUCCACCAUUAAUAUGUGUAAAGGGAACAAAAAUAACUGAUAGAUACAUAUUUUAUUACGGAGGCUUUGAGUUAAAGACUACUUGGUAUAUGGAGGAUGAUAUUUACUAUCUAGAAAAAAAUAUAUACAUGAAUCCUGAUGCAUAUAUUUUAGAUAUUUUAUCUUUUACAUUCAAAAAAGUGGAUAUAUAUACUAUUCAGAAGCAUAAAUUCGGUGAAACAACGAUACAACCACGAUUUGGUCACUGUCAAAUUCAUUUACAAAAUGUUGAUACAGAUAAUUCUGUUUACACUGAUAGUACUAGUAGCAAAGCUAGUAGUGUGGAAGCAGUUUCAAAUCCAAAUAUUAGUUUGAGUAAGUCGCCUAGAAUAUUAUUAUUGGAAAAAAAUGCUAGUAAACAUAGUCAGAAAAGUACAAAAAAAAGGCCUAACUCAAGAAAACCUUAUGAUAUAACAAUGUUGAUAUUUGGUGGAUAUAUUCAGAAAAGUAAUCAGAGUUUUAUGGCAGUUAAUGAUAUGUGGAAAAUAAAUAUUCAGGUAAUGUCAAAAGGCAAGAAGGGUUACUUAAUAUUUCGAGAUGGUGCAGAAGCGUCAGUAAUCGCGAGAAGGAAGAAAAACACAAAUAAUACUGAGACUAAUAAGGAUCCAUGGCCAGAACCUAGGGCCUUUGGAGCAUAUUGCAUACCUGACAUUUAUUCUAUCAAAAAGAAAACAUUGCUCAAUUCCCAUUUAGACAAGUACUAUAUGGAUACCAAUAUGAGUGAAUCUAACACUGAUGCUCCCAAUAGUAAUCAGAACAAUAAUGAAGAGAACAGUUACUGCCUGUCAUAUCCAAUCCAAGAAAACAUUAAUGAAUCUACUCUUUUAUAUCAUGGUGGUGCCAAUCAGACCCAUAUUUUUGGAGAUAUGUGGUCAUUUAAUAUAGUAGAAGAAACCUGGCAAAAGUUGCCUGAGUAUGCCCGAGUAAGCAGUGAUAAAAGAGAACCCAAAGUCUUAAUUGAAUUAGGUUUAGUAGGUCAUACUUUAUUUACUGUCGGCAAUAUGAUUGUAACUGUUGGGGGUUUGUUACAAUGCGACGUAAAAAAAAUCUACUGUGAGGAGAAUGCAUCAUUGAGGAAGAAUUCCUACUUAAAGCAUGGCGAUGCUUUAGGAGAGGAGAAGCAAGAUAGUAUUCCAAUAGGAGCCUCGAUAUUAAAUAUUUUUGACAUAAAUAGUCUUUGUCUACAAGGUAACAAUGUCAAGACAAUGUAUAAUGCUGAUAACAAUACGUUCGAAUAUUUAUUCCAAGACAAUUCUAAUUUGCAAAAUCAAUUAUUAAUCAGUAUUGCUUCAACUCCAAUACAAAUAAAUGGAACAAUUCUAAUACUUGGUGGAUUAGUUGCAUUCCGUACAGAUGUAAACGAGUUUUAUUUAAGAGGAACAGUUUUAGAAUGUAUUCUGCCUUCAGUUAGCUUAGCCAGUUAA